UGAUGACCAGAAACAUCGCGAUAUUUCAGGAGCCGGAAGUAUGGUGCUCAACACGUUUCAAAUGUAAUGGAUGGUCAGCUGACGUAAACUUGUAUCUGAUAUCAAUAAUGUUCCAAUUCUACAUAACAGCAAAACCAUAACGUUGAAUUGGAUAUAUAUAUAUAUAUAUAUAUAUGUGUUACAGUAUUUAUAAAAUAAAAUAAAAAUACAGUCAUGGAAGAGGUAGCGAUAGAGACAGCCGAGGAGAUGUUAGCCAGGCAACAUCGCAAGGAGAAGAAGGACCUGCAAGCUAAAAUCCAGAGCAUGAAAAAUGCUGUCCCCAAAAAUGACAAGAAGAGGCGCAAACAGCUGACUGAGGAUAUUACCAAGCUGGAGGCUGAGCUGAGUCAGAAACACAACGAGGAACUCCGACAACUAGACUCAUCAGGAGCAGGAGAGAACACGGUGGAAGAGGUUGUGAAUGGAGUAGAGUCCCUGGCUUUGGAAGGAGAUGGGGAGCAGAAAGAUGCCAAACAAGGUGGAGGUCCAUCCAAGGCACAGAAGAGACGGGAUAAGAAGGCAGCCGCGGAGAAGGAGAGAGAACGUCGCAUAGCGGAGGCAGAGGUGGAGAACCUGUCUGGGCUGAGACACCAGGAGGGACUGAAGUUGUCCCAGAAACUAGUAGAGCGCCAGCUGCAGAUCAGGGAGAUUUCUUCAGAUGGCCACUGUAUGUACCGUGCUGUGGAGGAUCAGUUGGGGCAGCAUGGCUUAGGUCUGACCCUGAAGGACCUCCGGGCCAAAACCGCUCAGCACAUGAGGAGCCACGCUGACGACUUCCUUCCCUUCCUCACUAACACCAACACAGGGGACAUGUACACGGCUGAUGAGUUUGACAAGUAUUGCAGUGAUGUGGCAGACACAGCCGCCUGGGGUGGACAAUUGGAGCUGAGAGCUCUGACACAGAUCCUUCAACGGCCAAUAGAAGUGCUCCAAGCUGAUUCCCCAGCUAUAAUGAUUGGAGAGGAAUUUAACAAGUCACCCAUCACCCUUAUUUACAUGCGUCAUGCGUACGGACUGGGAGAACACUACAACUCAGUGGAACGGAUGAAAGACCCUGCUGCUCAAGAGGAGACCCGAGACGCUCAUUGAGUUCCGUUAUAAUCAAUGAUAAAGUCAUCUAUACUGAAUGAAAAUAUAAAACACAACAUGUAAAGUGUCAUGUUUCAUCAGCUGAAAUAAAAGAUCCCAGAAAUGUUCCAUA